AUGGCAAGCACAGCAGUAGAAGCAACCCAGACGCCUUUGAAUGGCUAUGUUGGUUUCGACACUAUCACCCAGCAGAUCGAAAAGAAGCUUCUCAAGCGAGGUUUCCAAUUCAACGUGAUGGUUGUUGGUCAAUCUGGUCUCGGCAAGUCCACACUUGUGAAUACGAUUUUUGCCUCGCAUCUCAUUGACAGCAAGGGUCGCUUGAACUCGGAUGAACCUCCACGUCAAACUACCGAGAUUGAGAAUGUUUGUCAUUUGAUUGAAGAGCAUGGUGUACGUCUCAGAUUGAACAUUGUCGAUACUCCUGGUUAUGGUGACCAAGUCAACAAUGAGAAUUGCUGGGAACCCAUUGUCAAGUACAUCAAAGAUCAGCAUUCCGCCUACCUUCGCAAAGAGCUCACCGCUCAACGUGAUCGCUACAUUACUGAUACCCGUGUUCACUGCUGCUUGUUCUUUAUCACUCCUUCGGGUCACUCGUUGAAACCCAUUGAUAUCGUCGUGCUCAAGAAGCUCUCUGAAGUUGUCAAUGUUGUUCCAGUUAUUGCAAAGUCGGAUUCUUUGACCUUUGAGGAACGUGAUGCUUUUAGACAACGUAUCAAGGCUGAGCUUGCUUUCCACAACAUUCGUUUGUAUCCCUACGAAAGUGAUGAGGAUGAUGAACAAGAACGUGCAUUGAACGAGUACAUUCGCGAGCUCAUCCCUUUUGCUAUUGUUGGCUCUGAACGAAACGUGGUCGUGGAUGGCAAGGCUGUGCGUGGCCGAAAGACUCGUUGGGGUGUCAUCAAUGUCGAGGACGAGCAUCACUGCGAAUUUGUUCACUUGCGUAACUUUUUGACUAGAACCCACUUGCAAGAUCUUGUUGAAACUACCGCUCAUAUCCAUUAUGAAGCUUUCCGUGCUAAGCAGCUUUUGGCUAUCAAGGAAUCGACCCAACCCCAAACUCCUUCGAGUGCUGCUGCUGCCUCUUCUACCGCCAUGUCGCCUCAAUUGCCUGUCACUCCCGUACGAACCACCUCCAACCCACCAUCGCCGUAG